AAUGGAAACUAAUAGAUGGUGUAUUCCAAUUUUUGAAGAUCCUACUCAAUCAAUUGAUAUUACUGAAAAAAAUUUAAAAGUUCAAAUUAGUUUUCUAUUUCAUUGUUACCACAAUGCCUACUAUAGCAGAUUUCAUGUAACUUUUGAUUCUGCUAUCUGUAAACAAUUCUUUAACUAUCAAUUAUUAGGAGCAUGUUGUAUUAAAGAGGCAUUAGCUGAACCUUCAGACAAUGUAGAAGAGCUAAAAGUUAUUUUUAAAUAUAUUCAAAAAUUAACAUCUGUAUCAAAAAAAUAUAUGAGAAAAUUUUAUAAAAAACAGCUAGACUUAAAAAAUUAUAGAUUCUUAAAAGAUUUAAUGAAAACAGUUAAAGAGGAAGAUGCUUUUAAAAAUAUUUUAGACUUUUAUGAAAAGAAAGUGUUAAAUAUAAAUAAAAAAAAUUUGGAAAUCAUUGGAGAAAGAAGUGAUAAAGUAUUCAGCAACUGGAAAAAAAAGUUACUUAAGUUCUAUAAUGACUGCCAUGCUCCAACUCCAACUAAAGAAACAACAGCAACAACAACCAACCCUAUCUCUCAAUCAUCUGCAACUGAAAAUGAAUUGGAAAAUGAAACAACAACUCCAGCAGAAAACACAGACAUCAUUGUACCUGCACAGCCAACUGCUAGUACUGCAAGAAGAUUCUCAGAAGAAACAACAAUUAUUGAACAUAGACAACAAUCUGGAAUUGAAACUGUUACACCACAACUAUUUGAAUCAGGAGAAGAAUAUUUUCAAGAACAAGAAAUGGCUAUAUCAGCACUGCAGUCAGAAUUGGAACCACUUACAACAGAAAUUGAAUCUGCACAACCAACAACUGGAUUGGAAUCUGCACCACAAUCAACUGGAAUUGAACCUGCACCACCAACAACUGGAUUGGAAUCUGAGUUACCAUCUACAAAUUGUGAAAAUAUUGAGGAAAUGGAUAUGGAAAUCUACAAUCAGAUGGGUCUUGGAGAGAAUUUGGAAGUUGGAGAAAUGAUGCAGUUGGAUGAGGAUGUCCAGAAUGAUGAUGCUGUAAGUAGACAGGAUUUUUUUUUUAAUGAGUUACAAAGAAAGAAUGAAAGGAAAUAUAAAUUUCAAAAUAUGUUAAUUAUUCAAAGAACAAUCAAUACUUUCAAUGAUCCUGAUUUUUCACAAAAAACUCAACAGAACUUCCUUAAAAAAACAAAACCUUUCCAUGAUAUUUUAUCAGAUUAUACAAUUUUAACAAAUGAUUUUCUAAAAUUAGAAAAUGGUAAAUUCUUAAAGGCUAAAAAUAUGUUAAAAAUUGAUAAAAGCUUUCAGGUGUUUAGUAUUGAAAAUUUAACAAUUCAAGAUGUCUUUUGUAUAAUUAAGGGAUGGAAUUUAAGAACAACAAAUAUUUUAAUUUACUCAAAAAUAUUUCUGUAG